AUGGAAAACAAGCUGGAUUGCGGCCAGUGUUGGCCACUCCUGCAGUCGGUGAACAAGUGUGAGGUCGCCCCGGGUGAGGAGCCUCAGUUGUCCGAGCUGACCGGCCUGUUCGCGCUCAAGCCGGAGAGUGCCACCGCCAUCAAAGGCCAGGAUGUGACAUUCUUGGCCAAAGUGGACUCGUCCACACUGAUGAGGAAGCCCACCAUGAAGUGGCUGAAGGGCAAAUGGCUUGACCUGGGCAGCAAAGCCGGAAAACACUUGCAGUUUAAGGAAACCUACGACAGGAACACCAAGAUCUACACUUACGAGAUGCGCAUCGUAAAAGUGGUGGACGGCGACGCGGGAGGCUACCGCUGCGAGGUGACCUCCAAGGACAAAUGCGACAGCUGCACCUUCGAUGUGGCCGUGCAGGCUGUGGAAGAGCAGCAACAGGACAACAUUUUGGAGGCCUUCAAGAGAUCCGGUGAUGCAGGAGAGGAUGCAGGCGACCUGGACUUCAGUGCCCUUCUGAAAAAAAGGCAGAAGAAGCAGCAGGCGGCCCCCCAGGAGGAGGUGGACGUGUGGGACAUCCUGAAGGCGGCCAAACCAUGCGACUACGAGAAGAUCGCCUUUGAGUACGGCAUCACUGACCUGCGCGGCAUGCUCAAGAGGCUGAAGAAGAUGAAAACGGUGGAGCCUAAGAAGAGCGAUGCCUUCCUGAAGAAGCUUGAGCCCGCUUACUCUGUUGACAAGGGCCGCCGAAUCCAGCUGAGUGUAGAGCUGGCCGACCCCAAUGCCCCCAUCAAAUGGCUAAAAAAUGGACAGGAGAUCAAACCCUCUGCCAAGUACGUGUUUGAGAGCGUGGGCAACCGGCGAACGCUCACCAUCAACAAAUGCAACCUGUCGGAUGACGCAGCCUACGAGUGCGUGGUGGGCGAAGACAAGAGCUUCACCGAGGUCUUCGUCAAAGAGCCUCCAGUGACCAUCACCAAGCUUCUAGAUGACGUCCACACGGUGGUAGGUGAGAAAGUGGAAUUCGAGGUGGAGGUCUCGGAGGAAGGCGCGCAUGUCAAAUGGAUGAAAGACGGCGUGGAGCUGACCAAAGAGAGCGCAGCUUCAAAGUACAGAUUCAAGAAGGAUGGCAAAAAGCACAUUUUGAUCAUCAACGAUGCAACCAAGGAGGACAUCGGCACAUACUUUGCCUUGACCAAUGGCGGAGAGUCGAAAGCUGAACUGGAGGUGGAAGAUAAGGAGCUGGAGGUCUUGCAGAGCAUCGCUGACCUAACAGUAAAGGCCAGUGAGGAAGCAGUGUUCAAGUGCGAGGUUUCCGACGAGAAGGUGACCGGAAAGUGGUUUAAAGAUGGCGUGGAGGUGCAGCCCAGCGACCGCAUCAAGAUGACCCACAUUGGAAGGACACACAAGCUGACCAUCAACGACGUGAAGCCCUCCGACGUGGGAGAUUAUACAUUCGUGCCCGAUGGCUACGCGCUCUCCUUGUCGGCGAAGCUCAACUUCAUGGAAAUCAAGAUUGACUAUGUUCCUAGACAAGACCCUCCCAAGAUCCACCUGGAUACGAGCGGCACAGGAAGCAAGAACACCAUCACAGUGGUGGCCGGGAACAAACUUCGCUUCGAUGUUGAGAUUUCGGGCGAUCCCCCUCCAGUGGUGUGUUGGAUGAAGGGCGACAAGACUGUGAGCGAGGCGGAAGGGAGGGUCCGCGUGGAGACCAGGAAGACCCUAAGCAGCUUCGUCAUUCAGGGGGCAGAGAAGGAGGAUGAAGGCUUUUACUCGCUUACUGUCACCAACCCUGCCGGCGAAGACAAAGCUGAGCUGUUCGUCAAAGUCGUGGAUGUACCCGACCCACCUGAAAAUGUCAAGUGUACAUCGGUGGGUGAGAACACCGCCACCAUCAUAUGGGAUCCUCCCGCGUUUGAUGGCGGCGUGCCUGUUAAAGGUUACCUGAUGGAAAGAAAGAAAAUCGGCUCAUCCAGAUGGACCAAACUCAACUUUGAUGUGUACGAGUCCACCACAUACGAGGCCAAGAAGAUGAUUGAGGGCGUCCUUUACGAGAUGAGAGUGUUUGCCGUCAACGGGAUCGGCAUCUCACAGCCCAGUUUCAACUCCAAGCCUUUCAUGCCCAUCGCCCCCACUAGUGAACCCACUCGACUCUCAGUGGAGGACGUGACCGACACCACCUGUGCUCUCCGGUGGCUUCCUCCGGAGAAAGUGGGACCUGGCGGCAUUGAUGGCUACAUCAUCGAGUACUGCAAAGAAGGAAGUGACGAGUGGGUACAGGCCAACAAGGAUCCAGUGGAGAAAAACCAAUACCGUGUGAAAGAUCUACCGGUGGGAGAGAAGAUGCUAUUCAGGGUGGUAGCCCUCAACAUCGCCGGACGCAGCCCCCCCGCUACACUUUCCCAGGCUGUCACUAUUAGAGAAAUCAUGGAGCAUCCAAAGAUCCGCUUGCCGCGCCAGCUAAGAACCAAACUGGUUAAGGUUGUCGGAGAGAAGGUCAAUUUAGUCAUCCCCUUCCAGGGUAAACCUCGCCCGGUGGUCACGUGGUACAAAGACGGCGUCCCCCUGGAGGAUCGCAGUGUAGGUACCCGCACCAGCGAGGUGGACUCUAUCUUCUUCAUCCGCUCAACCGAAAGGCUCCACUCGGGCACGUACACUCUGGCCGUGCAGAUCGAGAACGUGGAGGAUCGCGCCGACAUCUGCAUCCAGGUCGUGGAAAAGCCGGGCCCACCCGUGGAGGUGCGCGUCACUGACGUUUGGGGCUUCAACGCCUCGCUGGAGUGGAAGCCGCCAAAAGACGAUGGCAACGCGGAGAUCAUCGGCUACACUAUCCAGAAAGCUGACAUGAAGACAAAGGAUUGGUUCACCGUGUAUGAGCACAACCGGCGGCCUAACUGCACCGUGUCCGACCUGGUCAUGGGCAAUGAGUACUCCUUCCGAGUCUUCAGCGAGAACGUCUGCGGUUUGAGUGAAGAUCCUGGCGUCAGCAGCAACACUGCAGUCAUCUGCAAAACGGGUUUGGAGUACAACCCUCCACCCUUUAAAGAGAAGGACCAGAGCGCUUCCCCCAAGUUCACAGCGCCCCUGGUGGACCGGAGUGUAGUGGCGGGCUACACCACCGCCAUCAGCUGUGCUGUCCGCGGCCAUCCAAAGCCGAAAAUCAUUUGGAUGAAGAACAAGAUGAUCAUCGGAGAGGACCCCAAGUUCUUGAUGCAGAACAACCAGGGCGUGCUGACGCUGAACAUCCGCAAACCCAGCCCGUACGACGGCGGGCGCUACUCCUGCAAGGCCGUCAACGCUCUCGGAGAAGACGAGGUGGAGUGUAAGCUGGAGGUCCGAGGUAAGCCCCCUCAUUCAUUUUCCUCCAAUGAUGAAGACUACUCGCUCCUCGACAUCGGCCAGUUUGUCCGGCGGUCAUUCUCCAGCUGCUUCCCCUUCAAACGAGCUUUCCUGCCCGCAGCAGGGGAAUGA